CCCAUUAAUAGUUUGUGUGUGCUAAAUUCCAUUUUAUCUAAAGCUAAUUUUAAACUUAAGAGAAACACAUGGAUGCAUACUUAUUUAUUUAAUAAGACAGACCUAAACAAAGAGGGCUGUGGAUAAGGCCUAAGACAAGGUUUGUUUCUGAGCAAAACUCGUGUGGAAGGUUAUGGCAACUUUUCAGUACCUGGUCAGAGUUUUAAUGAGAUUUUAACUAAUUUGGAGUCAGCUCUCUCUUGAUACCAAAGCUCAAAGGGAAAUUAUUAAAACAUGAAUAUACCACUCUCAUUUAUGUAAAACCCUACAGUAAGUUGCACCACUGCUAUGAACCCUCAAUCGAAAUAUCAAAAUUGUGAGUGCAAAUUAAGACUUUUGGAAACUAAUACUGAAAAGGUAAUCUAGAUAUUCAGGAAAGUUAGGCAUCGAUCGUGACCCUACCUUUCCUCAUGAUUUUCUAUACAUUUUUCUUCACUUGUGCUUGAAAUAAGCCUUGCUAUGUUGUCCACAAUACUGGUGCUCAUAUAACCAUGCAGUCAAUCAGCCUAUCACAAAACCUAGUUUAAUAUUACUAGUAUUACUACCAUACAUUAGUCCUCAAGACUACAGGAAGAAUGCUUCUAAGAUGUCAACAUUCCUAUUCCAGGAACCGAUUAGUUACUACUCAUCGUGUUUUCUCUUCUGAAUCCUUUAGCAAAAGGUUUUUUUCUCUUUCUCUCCCUCCUCCUCCUCCCUCUUCAUUUCAUUAAUACCAAGUUAUUUCACAAUAAUUCCAAACUGUGUCAAUUCCAGCUUCAAUUUCUCAGCUCCGCAGCUGAGAAAUUUGAGCCCGGGGAAAACGGGAUCGCGGCUUUAAAAAUUGCCGUUCGGUCGGAGGGGCGCGACGUCUUUUCCAAAGGCAUUAGCUCGCCCCCGCCCUCCGCCCAAAAUAAAAAUACUCUGUGGAAGGCAACGCUGACUACUGAGUAAGCCCAGCCGUCGGAAGACUUGGGGACACCAGGCACCUCUUUUUUCCAAUCUUUGGGAUAGGAGGGAGAGAGAGAGAGAGAGAGAGAGAAGAAAGCGGGGGGGGGAUGAACCGGGAACGGGGCAGGCGAAGGAAGCCCCGAAGAACCGCAACGCGCACAAGAGGCAGAAGGAGAAACGAAGCCGCCGCGCCGGGCUCUUCCUUCCGCGUCGGGGCGGAGAGCGAGAGGGAGGAGCCGGGAAGGCAGCGCUUUGCUCCUGCCGGCCUCCAGGAGGGACCAACAAGGAGGAGAUAGAGAAGAAAAAAAUAUCACAAGAACCAGCAGCUGAACAAGUAGCUACAAUCUUACUCUCCAACAACUUGGAAAACACGUAAGAGAAUGAGUGUGCUGCUAAUUGAAGCUUUUUAUGGAGGUUCACAUAAGCAGCUCAUGGACCUUCUCCAAGAAGAAAUAAGAAACUGCAUCCUUUUUACUCUUCCGGCAAAGAAAUGGCACUGGAGGGCAAGGACUGCAGCUCUCUACUUCAUGCAGAAUGUACCAGUCAGUGCUGAUUACAGGAUCCUCUUUGCAAGCUCGGUGCUUAACCUGACUGAACUGGUUGCCCUUCGGCCUGACCUUGGCAAAUUGAAAAAGAUCCUUUACUUCCAUGAGAACCAAUUGACAUAUCCUGUCCAGAAAUGUCAGGAAAGGGACUUCCAAUAUGGAUAUAACCAGAUUCUUUCAUGCUUGGUUGCUGACAUUGUGGCAUUCAACUCCGCCUACAAUAUGGAGUCAUUUCUAACAUCGAUUGGGAAAUUUAUGAAAUUGAUGCCUGAUCACAGGCCUAAACAUCUGGAAAAGCUAAUUAGGCCAAAAUGCCAAGUCCUUUACUUUCCAAUAAAGUUCCCAGAUGUGAGCAGGUUUAUGCUAAAAGACACACCGACCCACACUAAAGAAGGGCUCGAUGCUAAAGGAAUUGGAGGUACAUCUUUGCUUAUGGAGAUGCCUUUUCAAGAACAGAAAUGUGAAACUGCAAAUAUCAUCAAUAUCAACAAUUUAGACCGAAGACCUAGACAGCAAAAAGUAGAGUCUGGAUAUUGUUGCCCCUGGCCAGAGAGACACCGUCUUUGUCAAGGAGAAGAGAGCCCAUGUGCCACUCCUCUUGGUCACAAUGUGGGUAAUUUGAAAUGUCAGCAGAGGCCUUUGCACAUUGUUUGGCCUCACAGAUGGGAACACGAUAAAGAUCCUGAAAGCUUCUUUAAAGUGCUGAUGAAAUUGAAAAAGAUGGAACUGAAUUUUCAUGUCUCUGUCCUUGGAGAAGCCUUCACUGAUGUUCCAGAUAUAUUUUCAGAGGCCAAAAAGACAUUGGAAUCAUCAGUCUUACAUUGGGGCUACUUACCCAGCAGGGAUGACUAUUUCCAAGUUCUGUGCAUGGCUGAUGUGGUCAUCUCCACAGCUAAGCAUGAAUUCUUUGGUGUGGCAAUGAUAGAAGCGGUGCACUGUGGCUGUUACCCCCUCUGUCCGAAUGCUUUGGUCUACCCAGAAAUAUUUCCAGCUGAAUAUCUGUAUUCUACACCUGAACAGCUUAUUAAAAGGCUUCAGAAUUUCUGCACGAGACCAGAGAUUGUAAGGAAACAUCUCUAUAAGGGUGAAACAUCUCAGUUUUCUUGGGCAGUGCUCCAUGGUAAAUUCAGGUCUCUCCUCUCAACAGAACCCAGGGAAGAUUUGUGACAGAUGGGGCGAAGUCACAAACUUGCAGCCGAAAGCAAAACGGGGAAGACUUUCUAGUGUGUGUGUGUGUGUGUCCAUAUUUACCUGAUCAGAGCGAAAGAGGAAAAGAGGCAGAGGAAGCUCAGCCUGGCUGCUUGUCAUAGCUGACACAGAGCCAUCUGCCACAAACCUGUGGCGGCUUCAGAUCUCCGAUCCCUGCCACCACUCCGGCUCAAAUUAAAUGCAGAUUCCCAGAGACGUUACGAUGGUUACACAUGUCCUCGGCAUCACAGGCAGGAGACUGAAAAAAUAAAUGUGGCCUGUUGUAUAACUAUGCUCAUGUAUCCCAUAUGUGGUGCCACAUUGAAUUUCCGGUGGAAUUUGUUUGUAUCCUUUGUACUGGAUGACACGGAGCCUGCGUGCUUUCCCUUGGCCGACGUGAUGGCAGCCAAGAUUGCAACUUCAAACAUUUGCUGCUCGGCCAGCUUUCUACCUAGACUGCCAGGUUAUCCUUGCAGCCUCAUUGUGUCCUCCAAGGGCCACAGGGUCUCGAAGGAGGACUGCUGCUCCCUCUCCAACCUACCCACCCUGUCUAAUUGGGCAGAUCUCUAGGAAUUACGGAGAGGAGGAGGUUGCUUUUUUGCACUUCUUCCCACCAUCUCUUCCUCCUCUUCUCCCCCCCCCCCUUUUGCAAAUUAAUGACUCCAUGGCACUGGGGCUUUUAAGUGAAGGUAUUAAUAAGGGGGUCUGGCAGGUGAUCCAAGAUUCCCAGAGUUGCAUUUGCAUUUAAUUAAUCUUAAAGAAAGCUGCAAGAUAAACAGCUGUAAUUCAAACUAGCAUGGGAAAUAUGCUAUAUGGUGCCGUCUAUCCAAUGAAACAAAAGGUUGGAGACUUGUUUAUUUCUCUCAAGGCCGGUGAACAGCCAGACAUCAGAAUUCUUCCAUGGGGGCAAAAUGCAGAUAUUUGUGGGGUUCCCCCCAUCCCCCGUUAUGGCCUGUUUUAUUAUUAAGUAGAUGGGAUGGGAAUGAGAAAUUGAUACUCCAACUUGCACAUGGGAGCUUUUCAUUAUAGAUUGAUUGUACGUCUAACAAUGAUAGAGCAACUGCAUUUGUUGAUGUUAGAUGCUCCAAAAUUUCAAAUGUGCUAUAUCUUAUUUUUAAUAAAGUACACCUUGAAAUUUUUACUUAGCAUAUUCCAGGUGUAGAUACAUACAUUUAUCAAUAUGUUUCAGAUGUUUACAAAAGGCGAUUGAUUACAUGACUGCAACCAUCCUAAAAAAAGGCCAGUUACAAAGCAUCCAAAUUUUAAUUGCACGGCCACGAGGAAUGCUGUAACAGUCAUAAAUGUGGAAAAUUGUUAUAAGUCAUUUCAGUGCCAUUGAACAGUUACUAAUCAAAUGGUUCCAGGUUGAGGACUACCUAUACUUCCGUUCUAUCUUAACCUCAGUUACUGACCUGCAUUUAGUCUGUGGCUAAAUACAAAAGUUACAGGUAUCAGAUUGUGAGCAUUCCUGGAUUAUGGAUGGUAAAUGGUAACAGGUUUAUAAGGAUUAUCCAUCUUGUUAGAGCUGUUUAUACCAAACCAGGUGCCUUAUCUUCUGUUUGCCUCUUUUUCAGUUGUUGUUGUUUUAAUUUUCCAAGUAUCUGUGCCUUCUCCAAUGACUCUUAUCUUUUUAUAUUAUGUGUCCAAAACAUUUAAACUUUCAACAACCUCAUCAGUGUUCAGUGAGAUUCUGUCUACCCAUCAUGUAGUGUCUGAGGUUGCUGAAUGUUUCUCCUGGCAAUAUUAAUUUUUAUUUCUAUUUCUUCAUCUAGCAUUUUUCAUAACACAUUCUGCUUACGCUAAAUGGCUAAGGGGAUGGUAUCAACCCUUGGUAUGCUCCUUCAGGCCAAAUUCAAUAUGACGAAAUUUUCUUGCUUUUUCAAUUUUCUGUUGGAAUUUAGCAAUGUGAUCUGUAGUGCCCCAGAAUGCAACUUUAAACAUCUGGUAGUUCUCAUUGCAGAUACUGCUAUUGAAGUUUGGAAUGCAGGAUACUUCCAGUCUCAGUACUUAAGUAAUUCUGAAGAUACUCUAGGAGAAGAUGGGCCAAACUUUUUAUUCUCUUGCAUAUCGAAGAAGUAGUAGUAAUAAUAAUAAUUAAGAAGAUUGCAGCAGAUAGCAAAUAUCCCCUCUGCAAAGACACUGAAUAAACAGUGGAUCUGUUAGCUGCUGAAGAAAAUCAUAAAACAGAAAGACUUGCAAAUAGAAGUAGAACAACUGUGGCAAAAUAAAGCAAACAUAGUACCAAUAACAGUAGGAAUCUUAGGUGCAAUCCCAAACUAUCUGGAGCCCCACUUGAACACCAUCGGCAUUGACAAUGUGUCCAUGAGUCAAUUGCCGAAGUCAACUUUACUUGGAGCAGCUUACAUCCUGCAACAAUACCUUUAACACAAUCAAACAGCAUCAACAUCUAUUUACAACUGUGAUGGGCAGGCCUCAUUGUGGUCAUAAAUUAAGGUCUCCCUGUAAUAAUGGCCAUCUUGGGUGUAAUCCCAAAACAACUGAUUUAUUUGAAACACCUUACAUUUUGUGAUGAUACCAUCAAACGAUAAUAUCUGCCUUUCCCAAGUCCUUAGGAAGAACUUGCUAGAUGGAUAAAAAUGCCAAAACCAGUCUGAAGAUCUGGCUGACUGUGCGACCAACCAUAAUAAUUUACUGAUUGUAUUUAUAGGCCAUCUUAAAAUAAAGGGCAUCUUGCAGGAUCAACACAUGUAUAAAAAUAGUGUGAUUAGUGCAAUAAUUAUGAUGCAGCAUUCUAAUAAAGCUGAAAAACAAUAUGAAAACCAGUGAAUAAAAUAGAAGAGCCGUAUAUGUUGAAUAGGCUCCCAUAAUCAUUAAAAGACAUAGGGCCAGUGGUGGGAUUCAAGUAAUUUAACAACCGGUUCUCUGCCCUAAUGAUUUCUUCCAACAACCAGUUUGCCAAACUGCUCAGAAAGUUAACAACCGGUUCUCCCGAAGUGGUGCGAACUGGCUGAAUCCCACCACUGCAUAGGGCAAUAUAAAAAUACUUGUCAUGAACAUUGGAGAACAUGCCAGAACGCCAUUGCAGUGCCAUUGCUAAAAAGGCCUUGCAUUUCUUUUUUUCUUUUUCUUUUUUUUUAAGGCCUGCAUUUCUUAACAUCUGCCUGAUCACAUCUGAAAGGGAUUCUGAGAAAACAUUAUCCAAAGACAGUACAGGUAGGAAAAGGUGACCCUUUAAGACAGUACACAACCUGUGAUGGCCUUCUGAUUUUUUUUUUAAUAGCAUUUUGAAUUGAGUCCAAGAUUAAACUGGGAACUGGUGAAGGUAGACAAAUAAAUCUGUGUAAUAUAAGCAAUACCAGCUCAGGUUUUAAUGUACAGUAAUUUUCAAUGGCAGUGCUGCAUAUAGCAUGCUCCAGUCCAGUGGAGUGGGAGAACUCACCACAGCCAACCCAAUGGAAAUAAAAUGUCAAAAAAACAGUCACAGAUAAUAUUUAUCACGUUUAGUUAAACCACGUGGAAUUCUCCGUGGUGAGUUGUCCUGUGGCGAGUUGGCUGCAGUGAGAUGGCCGUGACAAAAUGGCUAUGUUCUAGACUAGGGACGGCUUUCAAAACCCAUUGCUACCGGUUUGCUCAUGGGCACGUGCAUGCUCACGACGCGCAUGCUCAGAAGCAUCCGGGCAGGUGAGCAGAGCGAAGCAUCCUGGGCGAACCGGUAGCAACCCACCACUGUUCUAGACCCCAGUCCAAACAGACUUGGCAAAGCAUGGAUCACUAAAACAGGAGAUACCACUACUGAGAUAACUAUGUACAGAGAGGGCAUUCUGCUUCAGAUUCAUAUGUUUCUAUUAAAAGAGCACCUCAAAAUGCUAAUGGCACUCACUUUUUGAAAGAAUAUAUAGUUAUUUCCAGCAUUUGUCUUCACUGCCACUUCUGCAGAUACUCAUAGCUACCACUAAUGUUUUCAAAGUCACAAUUUAUUCUGUGCUUCCAUUAUAAUUCAAUGCUGUGGUAGCUAUGCCAGCUCUAAAUAUUUUCUUCUGUAGCUGAACUCAGAUACUACCUUUUUUCUUUGAACACAGAUGCUUUUAAAAAUCUUAUUACAUGUUCCUGAUUUUUAAAGCUGAAAGGAUGCUAAUAUUUUUUUCCAUAAUGGGUGGCCAUGUGUUUUGUUGCUCUUCCACUUAUUUUCUGUCUCACUGAUUAGUGCUAGAGUCUAAGGGUUGGAAAUUUUUCAGGUAUAGCAAAAUUGUUAAUUUAUUAUUAGCACCGUUUCUAAUUCCAGUCUCUUUACUUUCAUGAACUUUGCUUUUCUGGUUUACAAAACAACAAUAAAGUGAUUGUCCCUUAGUGUAAUCCCUAAUUUUUGAGCGUCCAAUCAUGCUUAACCCCUCCACACAAAGCAGUGUGGGGUGAAAAAAUGCUGCAAAAUAACAGCUGGAAAAUGGCAAACCUGUGACAGAUUAAAUUUGUUUUGCUAAAAUAUUUUAAAUGCUUCAACAUGGUAAUCCAGACAUUAUCGUGAAAUGAAUUUUUUGCCUCUUGAGUUAUGAACCUUUGCAAAUAAGGUUUUAUAAUAGGAAAACUGUCAAUGCCUUAAUUAUAGGAUAAUAAAUAGCAAUGCUGUAUUAA